GGACCAUUGAACCAACUUACUUCUACACAUAAAACAAUAGUUUCUAUUCGAUACGCUCUCGUGAUUCUUUCUCUUCUCGUGGGAUUAAACUCGAGGUAAGGAUGAACUUUCAGGAAGACAACGCAAGGAUAAUGAAAAUGUCCGACAUCAAUGAGCAGAUGAUCGCACCAAAUAGCGGAGGCCAUGGACAUGGACAGGGACAAGGACAGCAUGGGGCACAGCAUCACAGGCCCAACACCGAAGGCCUGCCGAUGCAGAGCAGCCCAUACGUGAAGUACACCGACUUGGAAGACUACAAGCGCAAGGGCUACGGCACUGAGGGCCACCUCGAGCCCAAGCCCAUCCAGGGAGGCAGCGGCACCGAUGCCCCCACGGUCUCUGGCAAUGGCCCCCCAGAGGGUGAAGCCUUCAUCCCUCGAGCAGCUAGAAGGAACCUGUGAGUACUGUUACAUAAUGCACCAUUGCCGGGGCUGACGGGAAAGCCCACGCUCAUCGUCAAUUUUCUUUUUGAAGCCCGGCAGGCUGCAUCCUAAUGCCGUGUUUAUGAGUUUUUCAUGCGUGUCGAUCUAUGUUCUAUACUUAUAUGUUGUCGUAUUGUAAACUACCAACGAGCUAGUUGUGGUCAAAUCGAUCCGUAAAGCUUAGUUGUAGUUGUAUUUU